GUGUCCCUUGUUGGAUUCCACCACUGAGGGCACGGCAGUACACCUUCACCCACCGUCUCCCUUGAUCGCUUCAUCCGCUCACCCAUAUCUGUGGGUAGCAGCAACCAGCAACACACACCUGCGCUUGCAGCCCUUCUGCUUCCCUUCCUGUAUAUUUCCCCCUCACCUGGCCCUGCUGCUGCCAUACCAGACAUGGGGAGGCCGAGCGUGGUCCCCCGGAAGACCCCCGGGCAAGCCAAGGCCAAGAAGAAGCCCAUCAAGGUGGUGUACAUCUCCAACCCCAUGAAGGUCACCACCAGCGCCGCCAAGUUCCGCGGCCUGGUGCAGAAGCUCACCGGCCGGGACUCCAACGUCGCCUACAUGGCCGCCACGGACUCGUCGAUGGCGGAAUCCCUGCCCGGAUCUGCAGCGGCCUACGAGGCACCUCGAGAUCCGAGCUUGGAGUCGACGGGUGCAGUCGAUGAUCCGUACAAGGCCGCAGCGGCGUCGCCGUUUGAGGUGUUCGAUGAUGCUUUCACCCCGCAGACGUUAGAUGGCCUUCCGCCGAACUAUGAGUAUCUUGUAGGUGGAUCUUGGAUGGCCAGUGAAGCGUGAGCAAUCGUGAAAGGGCACAUAUAUGUUGAUCUGUAUCUAAUAAUAAGACAUGUUUAUUACGAGAGCA